CUAUCAAUAAGAAGACCAUAUGGAUCACACGGCGCCUCGACACUUUGAAUUGAACGUUAUCGGCUUAUCGAAGAGGCAAAGAUAAGCAUGGUACUACACUUAAUUCUCAACUUCUCCGCCGGUACUUGUCGCACACAAUGUCGGAUGGAGCACAAGUGUUACCACAAGGAGCCGGCUAUGGAGGCAUAGGCCUGUUUUUCAGCGCAUUCAUGGUCGGGUUGACCGCAAUUCAAGCCCGGUACACCGCUUUUUCUCCGAAGAACUCGGAAGAGUUCAGUAGUGCUUCACGAAGCGUGAAACCGGGGUUGAUAGCGUCGGGUAUCGUUUCUGCUCUUCAAAGUUCGGCAGUGGCGUAUAAAUAUGGCAUUAGUGGUCCGUAUUGGUAUGCUUUAAUGUUGGCGGCCAAACUUAAGCUGAACGCGCCGUACGCCCACACAUGGCUUGAGAUUGUGGGUGCUCGAUGGGGAAAGACGGCUCACCUUAUUCUCUCGCCGACUUCUCCUAUGCUCAUUCUCGGUGGAAGCGCUACUGUCACUGAUCUGACUGGCAUGAGCACUCUCGCCGCUUGCUUCUUGAUCCCCCUUGGUGUGGCAAUCUAUGUCGUUGUCGGAGGAAUGCGAUCAACGCUCUUAUGUGAUUACACCCAUACCACUGUCCUCUUUGCUAUAAUCCUGACGUUCGUCUUCACCGUCUAUGCAACGAGUGACAAAAUCGGAAGCCCGGCGAAGAUGUACGAGCUUCUCACCUCAGCAGCCGCGUCGCAUCCCGUCUCAGGGAAUGCUCAUGGAUCCUACGUGACUUUGAGGUCAAAGAACGGGCUCAUCUUUGGUGUCAUCAACAUCAUAGGUAAUUUUGCAACCGUGUUCCAGGAUCAGGCGUAUUGGCAACGUGCCAUUGCUAGCAGACCUGCGAGUACCGUGAAGGCUUACCUGUUGGGAGGACUGGCUUGGUUUGCUAUUCCUUUCACUUUGGCUACAACGCUGGGUCUCUCAGCGGUCGCUUUGACCGGCGAUCCAGAUAUGAAAGUUCUAACAGCGGCAGACGUUUCUGCCGGUCUACCGGCUGCAGCUGCAGCUUCAGCUCUACUUGGAAAGUCGGGCGCUGCGGCUCUACUGGUCCUUCUUUUCCUUGCUGUCACGUCGGCCACUUCAGCCGAACUUAUAGCGGUCUCAUCUCUCUUAACUUACGACGUGUAUAAGAAAUAUAUCAACCCCAGAGCGACGGAGCAGCAGAUUCUGAGGAUAGGCCAUUUAAUGGUAGCUGUGUAUGCAGUCAUCAUGGGAUUGGCCGGACUCAUUUUCUAUUACAUCGGUGUUUCUAUGGGAUGGCUUUACACCUUCAUGGGGGUUAUCCUUGGUUCGGGUGUAGUUCCCAUCGCUCUUUGUAUCACAUGGAAGAAGGCCAAUAAGUGGGGUUGCAUAGCUGGUGCGAUGGCUGGGUUUGCCGCUGGUAUCAUUGCAUGGCUUGUAACAACUACAUGCCUCAAUGGCGGUGUUAUUAACGUCACCGUGAGCGAUUAUGAGAUGCUAGCUGGAAAUUUAGCAUCUAUUGGUGUCGGAGGCAUUAUAGCAACUGUGUCCUCUCUGAUUUGGCCUGAAAACUUUGACUUCGAGAUUACUCGUUCGCUUAAUCGGCCUGAAAGCAUCUCGGGUAUCUCGAAAUCAAAGGGUGAAGUUACUUGCGACGAUCUGGAUCACAAGGAGAAGUCACCAGGUGUAUCCUCUUCGACACACGAGGCUUGUGUUGAGGACGAAGACCUUGACCCGGAGGCAUUAAAGAAAGCGUUUAAUUUCGCCACCUGGUCGUCAGUCGUGUUGCUGCUGAUCUUGAUUAUAAUAGUACCGCUACCACUCUUUUUCGCUUCGACGAUAUAUGGAACCGCGGGGUUGACAGCGUGGAUUGUUAUCGGGAUCAUUUGGACUUUCUUAUCCGCCUUCGCUGUGGUUCUGUACCCGUUGUGGGAGAGUCGGGAAGCUUUGACCAUGAUAUUUAAGGGUAUUAUCAAGGAUAUCUUCUCGAAAGGCGGAGGAAAAUAUAUUCCUUCAACGUCUUUCUCUGCUUAAUGUUCACUUCAUGAAGACGAGUAGGUAGAAUUCUAUGUCGUGGAAACAUUUUUAGAUAUAGAUAGAUCUAAUAUCUAUCAUACCAUCUACCGAGAACCCUAUUGAAUUCAUGAAAUCUGUUCUCAUCAUUGACGAACACAAUGAUUGAUAUCAAUUACGAGCAAAUCUAAGUGCAAUAGACAUAGCGUCCUCCAAAUUCAAACAACGUAGAUAGUAAGGUCGGACGCGUCUCGGCUCUCAGGUCAUAGAUGUCCGGUUCCUCCUUUCUGGAGCUUCUGGCCCGUUAACGGGUGAAAGUAUUGUGUUGUAGAUCUCGUGGUUUCGUUUGUCUGAUUCCUUCUAUAAGUCCUUAGUAGACGGUGGGAUUUCUGCGGUUAAUGCUUUGCAGAAUCGAAACAAAGUGGCGGUUAUUG